AUGGCAAGACAAGGGAUGAAAGGAAUUGAUCUACCACGAGCUCAGUGGUAUUGGAAAUCGAGUUAUGAUCCAUGGUCAGCAAAUCGAAGAGAAGAAUGGACAAAAUAUUCUGAUAUCGAAUCAGAGAUUAUCGAAGAAGUAUUUAGUGAGAAAAGUAAAACAGAACCAGCUGAACUAGAUAAUUUUUGUAUCAACGUAAAGGAUUUCAUUCAAAUCAGCAAAUCAGAUCAAAAUAAACAACGACCAAUAAAGAGAGUUCUAAUUAGGAGAAAUGAAAAUGAAGAUUUAAGAGAAGAAAGAUUCUUUCUUCCACCAGCAUUGCGUAAAACGUUCAAUGAUGACUGGGGCAAAGGCGUUUAUGCUUUUCUUUCACAGUAG